AGAAGUUCUGCAUGACGAAUUGUUCGGAAGGAAAACAUUAACUAAAUGCUUCUAUAUUUGAGAAGCGGUGCACUGCUGCAGUUGUCAAUCGUCAACCGUGCAUGCAAAACACUAGCGCUACUUUUUUUUUUUUAACGUGCACUUUGACGCCCAAUCGUUUAACACAACGAAUGACAUGUGUGGUGACCUCGCAUUCAGAAGACUCGAUCUCGGGCUUGAUCAAGCGCGUGCAGAAGUUGGAGGCAGGGUUUGUCAGCAUGGGUCAAGAGCUCACCCUCUUGCGGGAGUGGUUGACCUCCAAGAGCCGCAACCACUUUGAGCCGCCUUGCCGUCAAGAUGCCCCGCACAAGACGGAGGCUCUGGAUGAUGCCUUGGACCCGGGCCUUCUUUUGCCCAUUGUACAGUUCUCUGGGCUGCCUUCAGUCUACGCGCUUGAGAGAGCUUCGCCUCAGGUCUUUGCUGCCUUGUCGCGCCUGGUGAACCCCAUCAAAGCCAGUUUCAUGAAGCUCUACAUUUGCGGAGGGUGCCAAAGAAGCACCAGCCUGCUCAGAGGUGGCGCCAGGCCUGAAAAGAUGGCGAGCACCGUAGAACGCUUGGACCUGGGCGCUGCACAGAGCUGGCUCAGCUCCUGGGAGGCCGUUGCCCCCAUGCCGGAAGCGCGCUCCGAUGCCAGUGCGGUAGUGCUUCAGGGCUACCUGUACAUUUGUGGUGGCCAGGAUGGGUCAAACGUGCUGACCAGUGCUGCUCGCUUUCAUCCUAGCACGCUCGAGUGGGAGGUCUUACCAUGCCUGGCGGAAGGUCGCCGAGAAGCAGCUGGAGCAGCUCUUCAUGGUUGUGUCUAUCUUUGUGGCGGUUCCAAUACUUGUGGUCCAUUGAGCUCAGGGGAGCGCUUCAAUCCGGCCCUGCACGCCUGGGAGACCGUGCGGCCCAUGUUCCGACAGCGCUCAGGUGCUGUCAGUGCCGUGAUGGGUGGUGCCUUGUGCGUAGCGGGUGGCGGCGAUGGCCAACAACCGCUAAGCUCCGCCGAGCGGCUGGUGGGGGAUGCUUGGGAGGUCCUGCCGUCCAUGUCCUGCCGGCGGAUCCGCGCUGCGGCGGCUGUGUUGCAAAAUCGGUGGCUUGUCUGCGGUGGUGGAGACGGGCGCUAUGUCCUGAACUCUGCCGAGCUCUUGAUGGCUCCAACGUCACGCUGGGAGCUGCUAAAGCCCAUGAACAGCCCGCGCUGGUCCAGCGUUGCGGGGGUCAUGGCUGGAUGCCUCUAUGUUUGUGGUGGCGGAGAUGGAGAAUCUGUUCUCCAGUCAGCAGAGCGUUUUAACCCAAUGACUGGAGUAUGGGAGGAGCUUCCACCCAUGAGCUGCCCACGCUGGGGCGCUACAGCAGUGGUGGCAGAUGGCCUGUACGUGUUGGGAGGAAGCCACAAGUUCGGAGCUCUCGGCACGGCCGAGCGCUUGGGUCCCACCUCCGAGGCCUGGGAGUCCUUGCCUGGCAUGGCCGAAGCACGCUGUAGGGGCGCCGCUGCGAUCCUCAUUGGCUGAAAUCUUUGGGUUUCUGAUUGGCCAACUUGCCAACUUGACAGACAGCCCAAAACGCCAACACAGUCCGAAAACUGAGCGGCUGAGCUUUGCAGAAGCUACUUGUGGUAAAGGUAGGAUUGGUCAUUCACUUGGCCUGGGAGUUAUGAGGGGUCAAUGACACUCAAAACGCCACAAUCGCCUCAGUUAUUUCUCAGAUGAUGGUUGCC